AUAUGGAAGAAAAAAAGAAGGCGAUUGUAUACUUAAUUGCGCAGAUUGCUGCCAGAAAUAAGAAGUUGGAAGAAAUACGGAAAAGACGACAACUCAGAUUAAAAAAAAUAUCAUCUGGUAUACACAUUCAAAAUGCGCUAUUGCAUUUUUUAUUUAACAAUAGUAGACCAACCCGUUUGUGGAAACACGAAAGGUACGGUAACUUUUGGGUGCUCGACGUUGCUUGCAGUGACCAACUUUUCAAGGAAAGCUUCAGGAUGAGUACGGAAUCGUUCACAAUUUUGUGUAAUGAGUUAAAAAGCAUUGGCAGACGGAAUACGACAUACAAUCGUAGAUCCUGGACUAGAGAGAAGAGAAAUUGUCGCAGAUCCUUGGCGUUCAUAGCAAAUUGCAUGUUUUAAGAAUAUGUCGGUCGGAAAGGCCACAAAAUACUAUAUAUGUAUAUCACGCUCUUCAAUACUUGUGUCAUUGUGUGGUUUUGAAAGUAGGAGUUCAAAUAUUUAAUCCGAACCAAAUAAAA